AGGAUGGCCGACGACCCCAUCGAGGUCCUGCGCGCCCAGGCCGCCGUGGAGUCCACGCCGCCAGAGGAGAUGGCGCGGAUCAUCUCCAGCAGGAUGGUCAGCGGCUCGGACAGCGCUGCUCACGACAUCGAGGUCACCUGCAUCUCGGCGGUGCUCAUCGAGUGGCCGGCCGUGGAGAUCACGUCCGCCGCGCCGGUCGCAGCAGCGGAGAGCACGCCGCCGGUGGCCGCGACCGCCGUCGUUGCGCUGGCCGGCCUGAUGAUGUCCAUCGCUUGCUUCAGCGUGGCACCCCGCGGGGGCGCCGUCAAAUGGAUGGUCUGCCUGCCCGUCCUGCUCGCGCGCCGCCGGCGCGGCAAGGCGCGGGCGGGGCGCCAGGGCGCCCCAGGAGGCGCCGCGGCCGCAGCAGAGCCCCCGCCCGCGGCCCCCUCGCCCACCGACGAGGGGGCCGCGCGGGGCGAGGAGGCCUGCGGCUCCGGCGCCGCGUGCCCGCAGCAGCCCCCGGCCGCUGGACGCGCUGGCGAGCCGCCGAGCGACCAGCUCGUUCUGGAGCUCCACAACAUGUCCGACGCUGACUUGGAGCGGCAGGCCAAGAGGACCUUCAUCCCUUUCAGCCGGUGGAAGG